GCCACUGACUCAUCUUUGCUAGCCACUUCCAAGUUGUCAUUUGGAUGUUGAUUCAUCAACGACAUUUGUUGUAAUUUCUGAGGGUAUUCCAUUGGAAGUUAUGGGGGAGCCAAAGCAGGCCCGGAUAGAUGAUUACGAGGAUUUGGAAAGCAUUCGCUUUGAGAUGUUGAGCCAUGAGGUGUCGAGUGUGAAGGAGCUGAAGGAACAGAGAUACAGAGCAGCAACAUUCAAUUCAAAAGACUUCGAAGGCUUGCGCGAGCUGCUGCUGCAGGAGGACAACACUCUGGAGCACGUAAUCAUGUGGAGGGAGGGCUACCACAAAGUGGAGGGGUUUCUAGAAGCAGCUGUGUCCAAGCUAAGCAGCCUUGGCAUUUUUGGAGACAAAUUUGGCGUGGAGGUGAUUCGCGGCUUGGAUGAAGCUAUUGCUGCUGCCAAGCACAAGGGGAUGCCAAUCAAGCUCAAGACGCUUCUUCUACGUUCCUGUGACGCAGAUUUAGAUGCUUUAGCGGGAUCAACACUUCCGAAGUAUUUAGAACGUCUGGAGCUUUAUAAUUGCGAUUGCUCGCCCCACCUGGAGAAGCUGCUGCAAGAUCCAGCAUGCAAGAUCUGGGAGCUCUCCCUGGAUAAGGAUAAAUACUUGACGCCCGCCCUCUUCCAGGCUGGAACAAGUCUAAGGAAGCUUAGGCUGGUCCACAUCCCAAAUGAUCGGGCGUUACUCAGCCAAAUCAGCGGAUCAAUAGAAGGCCUUGGAAUUUCACCAGGGCCUUCGGAGAUCUCCCUGCUGGCAGACUGCAUAAACAACAAUGCCAAGUCCAAGCUCUGGUUCCUGGAGUUAACAUCACUCCAUUCAUCUUCGGCGCAGCUCGUGGGCCAGCUGCUAAAGAGCCCACAUUGCAAGCUUGAAAGUUUCUCCUUGUUACCUGGGGUAAAGAAUGACUCACAUGAGUGUCAAGAUGUGAUUCUCAGCAAUUUGGAGGCCAACUACAGCAGCCGGAUCCAGAGACUGCGCAUUGGCGGGGAAUGGGCUUCCAAACUGUUGGAGGACAGAUGGUUGAGGGUAAAGUACCGGAAUGCUCUAUUUCAUAAGAGCCCCGUUCUUGCACAAAGCGCUACAGUCACACCAUCAACUGCCAAGCUGUUCAUGUGCGGCCACACUGCCUCGGGCAAGACCACCAUCUCCACCAAUCUGGUCCGUCCCUAUGCAGCCCUCUGGCAGUGUGUGAAGCCGCCAUGUCAGGAUCAUGCAUCAACAGUGGGAAUUGAGAGGAGGACUCUCAGAUUUGGAGAGAGGAAGAAACUCCUGAUUUACGAUCUGGGAGGCCAGGAGGUCUACCACGCUUUUCAUCACUAUUUCCUCAGGGGCAGCGACAAAGAUCUCUUCAUGGUGGUGUGCAAGGUUGGAGGUCCUGGAGGUGAGAUGAAAACAGAGCUCCAAUACUGGCUUCGCUUCAUAGCGGCCCACCAAACUGCCACACCAGCUAGGAAACCCACCAUUUUCUUACUACUCAACAUCUUUGUUCGUGAUGACCGUUUCUUGGUAGAAGCUCGAGCAGCUGCGACGUCACUGGUACUCAAGUAUAAGGACAGGCUAGACUUUGUUCAGGGCCAACGUGGUGAUCACUAUUUCGAGGUGAAUGGGUUGAAUGCUCGUCAGGUACAGAAGGAAAUGAAGCCCAAGCUGGCGAUAGCAGUGGGCGAAAUGAUAAAUGAAGUUCCUGUGAUUCCCUGGACUUGACAUGAGGUUAUCAGAGGGCGGG